AUCAUCCGACUUCACAAGGGGAAGGAGCAUGUUGAAGCCGAGUUUGCUAUUCGUGAUUAUAGACCAGAUUGGGACCUGAAAGUGAACGAACCUGUAGCUGGAAAUUAUUACCCAGCAUGUCAAUUUUCUGAAUUAUUUGGAGAUUACUGCGUGAUGAUUCUAGAGGUGUUUGCAGAGGCUCUAAAUGAAACAGUCUGUAUUCGUAACAAAUGCACAGGCCUUACAAUCCAAGGAAAAUACUAUUACAGAAUAGACCCACUCGGAGAGGGUGCUAAGUGGCGUCGCUCAUUUGGCCAGGAGAUAUAUUCUCCAUUUCUGUUAGCCUUCGUUGUACAGGAUGAAGAUAACUGGAUGAUAAUUGAUUACCUACUGCAGGAUGAAGAUAACUGGAUGAGUUCUCAUGUACCCACUUUCUCAGGGAUUGAUGUUUCUUAUAGUUUGCCGGACAACAUUGCUAUUAUAACUCUUCAGGAGCUGGAUGACAGAAAGGUUCUCCUUCGAUUAGCACAUUUAUACGAGGUUGUAAUUUCGUUCUUUUUAUAUUCACGAAUUUGA